AUGUCAGUAGAUUUACAACAAACUCAACAAAACAACUUAACAACACAACAAGGCAAACAAUAUCAUCCUGUGCAAUAUUGUCUUUUUUAUGACUUUUUUACUGUCUUUGCCAAAGGCCAGUCAAUUAUUCAAAAUAUACAAAGUGGAUCUGUUCGGCUGGAAGGAGCUUUACUUCUAAGCAAACGUUACAAAGCAGCAUUAAAAAGAGCAAUAAAAAUGUUGGAACAAUCUGAUAUUUUUGUAGACUUUUCGCAAACAGAUGUUCUUCAGCUUGGAGAGGAGCUUUGUUCUGUUAAUCUUAUUUGGUCAUUAAUUGAGGCUGUUUCUAUUAGACCUUCAAAUAAUCUUAUUUCCAUUGAUUUACUUGAAUGGGCACGUGAAUGCUUUCCUUCAACUCAGUCAGUUGUUCCAAGCUCGCAAGAAGGCCGACCACAUGAGACGAGUUUUUUGAGUUCGAUAAUGGAGUCUUUAAUGCAGCAAGAAAAACCUGAACUUCAUGACUCUUAUUGGAAUGCUGUAAUUAGACAAGCAAUUGUAGCGGAUUUCGAAACAGUCGCAACACUGUUACAAUUCCAUUCUGAAUAUAAAACUAAUGAGCAUAUAAGAAAAAUGGUUAAAAUUUUGAAUGCUGCAAAUGAUGCUCUUUUUAAACAUGACAGGACAAAUUGUGAAGAAUUUUUAUCUUUAAUUAAGAAAAUUCGUGAUUUCACCUCUCAAAAUCAACUCAGCCGUCUUAACGAUAAUUUGGCUGUUAUUUGUUCUUUGGUUAUUGGAGAUAAGGGAACUUUUAGAAAAUAUUUUGACAUUUUCCGUCCAAGUUGGUUUGAAGUACUUCCUGCUUUUCUUUUAUUUUUCUAUCCGUCUGUGGAUGAUGAACAAUUGCCUAAAGUUAUUGAGCGUUUAUUUGAAUUACUUGGACUAGCUCGCCACCAACUUUCAAAAAUUGAACAAACAGUUUUGGCCAUAUUAGAAUUAGACUUAAUUCGUGCAUUAAAAAUAAUUUGUUCUGCUGGACCUUCACUUUGUUGGUUUGCUGUUCAUUUAGUUGAUUUACUUCAUUUUCAUGACCCUAAUUAUUUAAAUCCUGAAGCUUCAAAUAUUUCUUCUUUUCAAUUAAAAUUUAUUUUUCAAGAUGAGACAGACAAAGAAAAGGAAAAUUUAGACUUACGUUCUCGUUUACUUGUAGAAUAUUGCCAAUUACUUUUCCAAAAUGACCAAUUAUGGGAAAUUGGAGCAGAUUAUUUAAUUGCUAGUAAUUUAAAGAAUUGUAAUGAAAUGUUGGAAAAAAUUAUUGGACAAUUUAAUUGGUUUGGGAAUGUUUCUAUAGCUGAAAAAAUGUUGAUAAUAUGUGAAAAGUAUGAAUUGUGGAAUGCUAGGGAGGAUAUUUUGAAGGCAAUAACUAUGAAGUAAGGAUGUUUAAGUAAAUUUUUUAAAUGUACAGGACUAGGAGGUGGGAAAUCUAAUUGAGAUUUUUUAAUUUCGGAUAUCUGAAAAUUUUUUU